GUAGUCAACUUCUGAUAUUCGAUCGUGGUGCUCCACAGAUCUGUCCUGUUGCUCUUUGGAUGUUGGAUUUUCUAUGUGAAACGCGCAAAAGGAGUUACUCCCAGAAUUCACAGGAUUUUUACCUUCACCUGAAUUUCAAACUUACCUGGAAUUUCAGCUGAUUGUUCAGCGAAUUGGGAAUUUCCUGCAGUCAACUAUCAUCGACACUCCAAAUGGAAAGGAAUGUGCUUGUGAUGGGAAAAGUUUCACAUUAAAGCUCUUCUUCAUCUCUUAUCCCAAAUCUCGUGUGAAACUCUCUGUAUGCUUGCAGUGUGAGACUUACAAAGAACUGUGUUGCAGUGUUGAGUUUUAAUUUUUCAUCCAAGUGAAUUAAUCAAAAGUGAUUUUGUGAGAUUUGGAAUUUUUUGUGGGUGGUGGCAGGAUGGAUUCGAGUGGAUCUUCCGAGACAUGCUAUGGAGGCGGAGAUCUGGCCAGUGCCAUAAUCUUGACAAUAAUUUUUGGUGUCAUUCUGCUGUUGCUUCUCCGAUGGCUCUACAAGAAGUACUGGAUUAAUCGUAAAGGAACCCAUCUAGUUCAAGAGGAUGUAGAGACGGGAAAAUCCGCAGAGUAUGCCUUCGACAAUCCUGCCUUCAAAACCGAAACCAAGGGAGGAGCUGGAAGUGGAGGAACACUAGAAACAAAGUGGCUCUCGAAAGAGAACGGCAAGACCUUGGAAGACAGCCUGGCAACACCGAUGUCCACCAAGAAUGUUUCCCUUCGUGGAUCAGAUUUCACUGGAUUGGGCAUUGAGCUUAGCGGUGGUCUCAAGGAAGGCAUCUAUGUACGUAAGAUCGCUCCUCAGGGUCCAGCGGCUGGGAUCGUAAACAUUGGUGAUCGUAUUACCAGCAUGACAAUUGACUUCAGACACAUUGUUCAGGAGGACGCUGCAGCAAUCCUCAGCUAUGCAUCGCCAUACAACGUUCGCCUAGAAUUAGCUGAAGGAAAAACAGCCAUGGUGACCCCAAGUCCUAAAUCUGGACACACAUCCAUGAUACAGGCUAUUGGAGGUACCAACAGUCAAUCGGAUACCAGUUCGAUUGACAGAAAUACAAAGAAAAAUCUCUUCCCAGGAGAUGACAAUGUGGACUCAAAAUCUUCACCUGUUCAGGUGAUACAGCGAGAGAAUGAAAAGAAAUCUUCCUUUACGAAACAAGUCAAAGGAUUGAUUGAGGAAAAAUUGCAGAAUAGGAGUGAACCUGUAAAGCCACGUGAUGAACCUGACAAGGAGGCUCCAUCUUCACCGUCAGACAAGAGUAAAGGUCUCAAGUUUGGAAUUCGCGUCCUACCGCCCAAUGUUAAUGAAAAAAUCUUUGGCAAGAGUCCAACAAAAAUACAAGCAGAUAAUGAAAACAAUGCCAAUCUGGAGAAGAAUGACACUGAUGAUGCGAAGAAUCAGGAAGUACCACCAGUGGCUCAAAAGAGGAAGGACAAGAAGGUUCCGGAAACAAUUGAAAUUGCUUUUGAGAGAAGUGAUGCUGUCAAUUCAAGUGGAAUCAAACGUGAUGCAGCAGGAAUCCCUCAGGAAGUUCCAGAUCACAUGAUGCAGGCAGCAAUGUCGGCUAAAGAGAAUCGAAAGAGUGUGGUUCAGGACAGUGGAAAGAAGGGAAAAGGAAAGGCUCCAUCUCCACCGCCCAACGAGGAAACACCUGAGAAAACAGCAGAUCCUCUGAACUUCACAGAUAACUUCGUGAAAGACAACAGACCAAGUGCAAACUCAACACCUAAGAGCGAACGGAAGAAGAGUCCUAGCGAUACAGAGAGUCAAAUUGCUGAUAGAGCUGGCGACUCGGAUGGAGAGGAGGAAUCCUCGUCACAUAUUGAACUCUCAGCGAAUCAUAUAACAGUCCAUCAAUUGAGCGAUGAAGAAGAGGGUAGGAGAACUGCCAGUUUGGGGGAUUUGUCGAAGAUUGAAGCCACAAAGAGUCCAUCAGGUGGACGAUCCAACACAGCCACAUUGGAGCGUGCUCAGAGUCUGGAGAUCACAGAACAACCAGGAGCUGUUGUAACACCCAAGAAGCGAAAGGCACCUGCUGUGGAUGUAGACAUAUUCAGUGAGAAGGAGCCCAGAUUGAGUCUGGAUAUGGGUGGUGGUAUGGAAGCACUUAGAGGUCGACUGAAGAGUGCCAAUGAGUGGGGAAAUCUCGAAGAUGCCAUCUAUUCAAUUAAAGAUCACGAUGAGGAUCGCAGUUCAGAUACAGAGUCCCUCAAUCGAAGUGAUGAGGAGCAAAAGGUUGACAAUGCAUCUAACAGCCUCAUGAAAGAGAUCAUGGCUGUGGCGGACAAGUUUGAUGCCGAAACCAGAAAGAUUAUUGAGAAUGAGGUACCUAAGAAGACCAUGGAUCAGCUGCUCAAGGAGAAACUUGAGGAAGCGCAGGCUGCACUUAGUGAUGACUCAGACCUCGUGCCUGUUGUGAAACCUGCCAUUCCUAAAAGAAGUAGCCUGGACACUGUUGUCCGGAAUGGAAAUGUUCGCGAGACACCCCGAGAAGACAAUGUAACAUACACUCCCAUUAAUGUUGUUGACACGUUUGGUACAAAUGUACCUGAUGAUGUUAAAGUAUCUCGGUAUCCAUUUGGUAGCCUUGAGCGUCCAAAGUCGGAUGUGCUGAAAAAACUCAUGGGUCAGAAGAUAAUGCUUGAAGAACGAGAAACUCCUGUAAAUCGCACAACAAUGACUAUCCUUCCGGAUGAACAGCUUAUUGAAAAUGAACCGCAGCCUAUCAGUCUCACCCUAAUAGGUGGUGGAAUAGAAUCUGACAAGACGGAGAGUAGUCAGAUAUCACCGGUAUACUCAAGCGACAAUAUGGGAGUCAAUAGUAUCAGUAUCUCAUCGAUGGAAAUCCCGGCUCAGGUUGAAAGUACCCCUUUGACGCGAAUAGUUCCCGAUAUUGAUAACGUCGUGACAAUCACGACGGAUGCUAGCCAACCCUCGUCGAUCAUCAUGAUCGACGAUGAGUGUCUGGACUUUACGCUGCAGACACCACCGCCCGAGAGGACGCCAUCGCCAGUGCCACAGGAGGAUGUCGAGGAGGAGCACAAAAUCACCGACGAGAAUGCGGACAGCACAAAGACCUUCGUAACGGAGAUCUGUGUGCAGACGCCUGAGGAGAAGAAUCACACCCAAAUCAAACUCACAGACAACGACAGUCAGCAGGAUAAUUUUCCGCGCAACAGCGAAAUUAAAUUUACAACGUCUACGUAUGAAUCUCCAGGAAAAGUUGCUGAAAAGCGUCUCAGUCAAAUUGAACAACUGCGCUCGAACUUUGAAAAGUCACAGCAGCAGUCAGAAAUCCCUGUGCCAGUACGAAAGAGCUCAAUUCCCACACUCAAGCUCAGUCCCUCCAAGAUACCCGUGUUCAAUUCCAAGACCCAGGAUCAACCGCCACAGCGACAGACCAACAAUAAAGUUUCCGUGAGUGUGACGUCCAUUAAGAAUUCAGCCAGGCAUCCCAGUGGAAAGUAAUCGCAGUCUGAUUCUAAAAGGAUGAUUAAAUUGCUCUAUUUACUCAAUUUCUCUAUGUACAUAAAUAAAAUGAUCACGGUAAAAUAUUAUAUGAAAAAAAAUCAAAAAAA